ACAUCAGGGAAAGCAGCAGUUCCUGGGCUGCCGUAGGAUCCACAGGACGCCUGAAAUGUCGUGUCCGGGCAGCGCCCAGACCCAAUUUUUGAGUGGACCACGAAGGAAGGCGUUCAACUGAAGACGAGUGAAAAAUAUACCGUAAUGGCCCCUAAGCUAUUGGACGAGCUGGUGGAAUGGGCGUCCGUCCUCGAAGUCCACCAGGUGGGAAGGAACGAUUACGGCAACUACACCUGUUCCGCCCGCAACAGCUUCGGGGGCGUGGUUAUUACCCGAGGGCUGAAUCCGCCCGCGCGCCCACACCCGCCGACGCAUUUCUCGGUCAUAAACGUGACGUCAUCCUCCGUGACCCUGUCUUGGCUGCCAAACUUCAGCGGCGGGAUGCCCGAGGGGUAUCUCGUCAGGUACAGGACAGAAAAGGAGUCUAAAUAUCAAGUUGUGGAAAUCUCCGGAGGUGAGGCUGUGAGCACCACUCUCUCCAACCUUCAGCCGAACACUAACUACAUCUUCACGAUCCAGGCUAAGAACGACCAGGGCCUGUCUGCUUACGUCACGCCGCCAAUUGUUGCAACGAUGCAAGAGAUUGCUGGAGUGGCCAGCACUGCAGUGGGAGCCAACUGGAGGAUCCCUCGACUCAUGGUUCUUAUACUGACGCUGUCAGGAGCAGCUCUGCUGGUCCUCAAUGUCUCUAUUAUUGCUUGCUUCCUCAGGAGAAGAAAGAAUGCCACUAGGAACACGUCAGCUUCGUCCUCUUCGAAGAGCGUGGCACUGGACGCUUAUGGCAUCACUCCUGCAUCGACUCCUGGUGCCAACCAGUGCGAUGCCCUCCUCUCCCUGACCACGAUGUCUUCGACUAAUUUUUCCAACACAACUUUACCUCAAAAGGACGACGACCGCAUAAAUGAAGACGACAUGGAACAGACAAGCUUAGUGAUUCUCAACACGGGCGUCCACUCUCAGCCCCAAUCCCCAAUGACCCGAAUUUUGGGCAAACAGCAAAACGGCGACUUAAUCAGGAACGUCGCCCCUCCCCUUGACUCCUUCGACGAGCAACACUCCUCCCGGGUGCAACGACGCCCCCUACGACGGAAACGCACCGAGACUGCCGAGCCCACCCUGAGCACCAACCUCCUGGAACCGACGACUUUCGUCUCCAACCCGGAAGUGACGUCGCUGUGUUCCAGCAUCUACGACGCGCUGCCGUGCGAGUCCCAGCACGAGAGCUGCAAGAAUCCGUCGGGUUACCUCGCCGAGGACCAGGUCUCCAUGACCUCGUACCACACGGAUACGCUGAGGGCGUACCCAAGGACGUACUCCUGCUCGUUGCACACGCAGGCGUACCCACCCGGAAGCGAAACGGAGCCACUGAUGUCCCAAGGCCAGUUCCAGAUGCCCCUUGGUGGCCACCAUCGUACUCACGGAUAUCAGCCUUUAGUGCCGUCGCAUCAACAACAGAUUUAUACGCACCCACAGCAGUCGCAGCAGGAACAGCAGAUGCAGCAGCAGGUGUCGCAGCAACAGCAGAUUACUCUGCAUGGCAUGAUGCCCUACGGGAGCCUGUCUCCUUCCAGCGUCUAUACUGAAGGCACCAGUUACUUCGACACCAGAUGCAGCCGAUCUUUUUCAACAGGCACUCCUUUGGGAUACAGCACCUUAGGAUCUCGGGGUCGCAGGAUACUGACGUCGGAAUCCGGCCUCCAGUACCAGCCCUUGUAUCCCGACUACUCAAGGACCACGGCACUGGUGGAACCAGUAAGUCUGACGGACGGCCCUCAGGGCGAGACUCAAGAGCGCUUCCGAAGGAGUAGUUUCCACGGCCAGAUGCACCGUGGAGUGGCAGGAGGAGGAGGAGGAGGAGGAGGAGGAGGAGGAGGACCAGGACCAGGCAUCGCCCAGCACACGCCCCUGGACCUGCCCAAAACCGGGUCGUGCGUAUUGCAUAGGAACGACCUCCAGUCGAAAAGCGGACCAAAUGUUGUUCAGUGCCCCCAGCGCGAGAAUAGCCGGGUUGGGGCGGCAGGAAGUGUUGGUGGUGUAGGAGGAGUAGGGGGAGUUGGAGUAGGAGGAGGAGGAGGAGUAAAUGGAGGAGGACCUCGAGUGACUUUCGCAUCCCGGAAGUGUCGACGAGUUUUGUCGAAACGAACACCACAGACGUCGCCGGCAGCAUGGCUUCCCAGCAAGGCUUGGCGACCCGCACCAGUCCAGAGCAGGUGGCCAACAGCAGUUUGUGAAAUUAUUGCAACAGGCUCGAAAGGGCGCUCUGUAAAACUCUCGUUGUUCUCCCAUUACUUAAGCCUAUGAUCAAAACAGUUACCUACUUAUACGCUCAGAUAAUGUGAUUCGAAGUAGGCUGGAUUGUCUGUAAGCUUACUGCGCAAACUGUAUAAGAAAUCUCAUGGUAAAUAAUCAUUGUUUUCCACGUUUCUAUGGCUUCUGUUGAACAGCCAUCCGUCUGUAAAAGAGACAGAUCUAUACAUAUCAAAGUGAUUGAAGCAUCAAUUCCCUCUCAGAAAUAUAGUGGCUAGAGUAUUAUGAACAUCCUCCUCCUCCUCCUCCAAGUAUGAUAACUCGCUGAGUCAUCGUGAUUUGCAUUUUUCAGAAAUGCGUUCCAAUUACUUAUUCUUUCCCGUGACUGAAUGCAUGCCUGUGAUUCUCUGUGCUUCUGAAUGUCAAUUAUGCAUUCGUGUUCAAAGCAUUAUGGUGUGAUUUUCUGAACAGUCUCUCCCAAAAUCCCUUAUAACACCCCCCCCCCCUCCCCCCCUCCCCCCUUCUCCAUCCCUCAUUAGUGACAAAAGAUUUCUGCCAGUAAACAUAAGGGACCCAUUUCAUUUCUUUUUAGGUAUAAGAAGUAAGGCAUUUGACCUAAAAUAACGUUUUUUGGAACAUUUCGUUAAUAAAAAGUUUCAAUAAAGUUGGUUGGUAUUCAUUUCCCGCAGAAUGUCGCUACAGAAAUUCUACGAUAUUACAGGAAGCAGUUUAAAAUUCAUAAUACAAGAUUUCAUCUUUUAUUUUUUCAUAAAAAUAAAUGACAAUGAAAUGAAAAUUUUUUAAUUGUAUUUCAAAGCAAUAAUGUCAUACUAUUAC